AUGUCGGAUCCCACCUACGUUCUCGCCUACGUCUCGGAGAAACGCGAGGAUGGGUUUCUCUUGUGUCUACAGGACACGGAAGCGACCGCAGUUAUCUCCAACCACCCAGCCUUAAAUCACUCACGUCUUGGACAUCUAGUCGGCUGCAAACUCGUCGAAGGAAAACUGAUAGAUAUCACGGACAAUAAUUAUACGAGCAGCCAUGUGGCCAGGAAAAACUCCCUUUCCGAAACCAUGCGCCUGUUCCAGUUCUACCCAGAAUCCACAGAGGAAAUGCAAGGAUGCGUUAUUGCGAAGUGUGUUCUUUCUGGCUGGACCACCAAAGUUUUCAUUGGCCCCAAAAUGCUUCGAAAAGUGAAAAAACUUCCGAGCAGUAUCGAAGUCGUCGGGUGGUGCCAAUUCCGAAAAGGUAUGGUUUACAUGAGACUUCUGGAGGAAGAAUACCACGGACCGGAAGUUUGCCAGUUGCACCGUUGGAGCCUUGUCGAAUUGGGUAAGCCAGCUGUUCAAUGGUUCAUGGAAAACAUUGGAACUGUCUUUCAAUGGGGACGCAGACUUUUGAAUGAAAGAUCUUUGGGCCAAAACGACGUUUGCACUAUGGAGGAAAUUAUGAGUAUGGUUGAUGAUAUGAAACCAAUUCGAAAAGUUGGGCCAUGGGCGCUGGACCAGGAGGCGGCGACAGGUGAUGGUGUGUUCAUCUGCCGCGAUAGAGGGCAGGCAGUCUUCUAUUUGUCGUCCAAUAAAUGUGGAAUCAUUUGUGUGGAUGAAGUCAGAGAAUUGAAGAAAGGCGACAUGGUCAACGUCAAUAUGAUGUCUCCAAUCACGUUCCGUCCAUUUGCCACAAUUACUCGGAUCAAUCAUCACCUAAACACUAGAUGGGAGACUAGGAUGUUUAGAGGAGAGACACUCUUCCACCUCGACGUCAAGUUUCUUCGUCGGUUCAGCUGCUUCGAUGGGCACAAGGGGUUCCUUGUCUUUGAAAGCCCAAAUGUUCAAGACUACGUUUUUGUUAAAGACACGGUCCUCAUUUCUGGGAUGCCAAAUUGCACCCACACCCUUCUCUACGCUAUAGAGCACGGGAAAUUGGGGAGAUACACAAGUUGUUGGUGCCGGUAUGCAAUGAACGAAGUUCCAGAAAUGUUGAUUAAUAAGGAACUCUAUACUGAGCGAUUGGUGCACGCUUACGCGUGGCAAAUCGUGUACAUCGUUGCUCCUCCAAAAGAUCUGGACAACAGUGCCUGA